AUGCGAACCCUAGAUCUUGGCAGACAGGUAAGACUUCGACUCAUAGUCGAUGUAAAUGCUUACUGUCUAGAAGAACUACCUGGAAUUAUCAUCGAAGUGGGAUUCGAGAGAUGGACACUGGACGACAACGGACAACCUGCGUGGAAACUCUGCAGAGAUGCCUUCUUUGUACAAGACCCAGUAACACUGCCCCAUUCGCAAUUUAUCAUCCUAUCCAGCGAAUUUACUUUGGCCAACCAAAUCAUGCAACGACUUUACUGCGAUGGAUCUGAAGAUUUCUCUCCUGCGAUAAAUGGCCAAUACAUAAUGCAAAGCAGGGAAGGAACGAUCAUAGCAAUACCAACUUCCGAAUCACCAUUUUUUGAACCAUUUGAUCAAAGACCCUCUGGACAGAAGUUCGAUCCCGUCUAUCGGGAUUUAUGCUGGGGGCGAGUUUGGAAGUUGAAACGAGGUUCGCCGGAUCGCUCGUCGGAUGAACGAGAAGAGGAUGCGCGGCACUUGGCUCCGAUUAUGGAGGCAAGGCGUGGGCUUUCUGUACCGUUUGCGAAUGAUAAUUGGUAUGAGUCGGAUUUUGAUGAGUAA